AUGGCGGACAGAUACAUCCCAGAGCACCGUCGCACCCAGUUCAAGGCUAAAGGCAGUUUCAAGCCUGAUGAGUUGCGUCGCCGACGCGAGGAGCAGCAGGUCGAAAUCCGUCGACAGAAGAGAGAGGAGAAUUUAGCCAAACGAAGAGGUGUCCAACGUGGAAAUGGCGAAAUCGGGAUCGGUGGCCUUACUGAGGCAGAUAGCGACGAUGAGGCCGGCAACAUCGAGAGUGAGCUCAGCACAGAACUGCCAGAAAUGGUUAAAGGCGUCUUUUCGGACCAGAUCGAUGCUCAGAUCCAAGCCACCACCAAAUUCCGCAAACUCUUGUCCAAAGAACGCAACCCACCCAUCGAAAAAGUCAUCGAAACCGGCGUCGUUAGUCGCUUCGUCGAAUUCCUCCGCUCUCCCCAUACCCUCGUCCAAUUUGAGGCAGCAUGGGCUUUGACAAACAUUGCAUCCGGCUCGGCAGCACAAACACAGGUGGUUAUUGAGGCGGGCGCAGUGCCCAUUUUUGUCGAACUUCUAAGCAGCCAUGAGCCGGAUGUUCGUGAACAAGCCGUCUGGGCCUUGGGCAACAUUGCUGGUGACAGUCCUGCUUGUCGUGACUAUGUUCUCAGCCAGGGUGCCUUGAAACCGCUCCUUGCCCUGAUCGCUGAUGGGCGCAAAUUGAGUAUGCUUCGAAACGCCACUUGGACAUUGAGCAACUUCUGCCGUGGCAAGACUCCACAGCCAGACUGGAAUACGAUUUCCCCCGCCCUUCCCGUCUUAGCAAAACUCGUUUAUAUGCUCGACGACGAGGUCCUCAUCGACGCGUGCUGGGCCAUCUCCUACUUAUCUGACGGUUCCAACGACAAGAUCCAGGCAGUUAUUGAAGCAGGAAUUCCUCGACGUCUCGUUGAACUUCUCAUGCACGCUUCCACGUCGGUCCAGACUCCCGCAUUACGUUCCGUUGGAAACAUUGUUACUGGCGAUGACGUCCAGACACAAGUGAUCAUCAACUGUGGUGCACUACAGGCUCUCCUGUCUCUACUCAGCUCCCAGAAGGAUGGCAUUCGCAAGGAAGCAUGCUGGACCAUCUCCAACAUUACCGCUGGCAACAGCACUCAAAUCCAGGCUGUCGUUGAUGCCGGCAUUAUUCCUCCUCUGAUCCAUCUUCUGUCCAACGGUGACUUCAAGACUCGGAAAGAAGCUUGCUGGGCUAUAUCCAAUGCUACUUCCGGAGGCCUCCAGAAGCCUGAGCAAAUCAGAUAUCUCGUGACACAAGGAUGCAUCAAGCCCCUUUGCGACUUGCUUGCGUGCCCCGACAACAAGAUCAUACAAGUCGCCUUGGAUGGCUUGGAGAAUAUCCUCAAGGUUGGAGAAAUGGACAAGGAGGCUGCCGAUGCGCGUGCCCCUGAGGCACAGGUCAAUCGAUACGCUUUGUUCAUUGAAGAGGCCGGUGGUAUGGAGAAGAUCCAUGAUUGCCAGAACAACGCCAACGAGGAGAUCUACAUGAAGGCAUACAACAUCAUCGAGCGAUACUUUUCGGACGAAGAAGAUGCUGGCGCUGAUAUCGAAGAGCUGGCACCACAAGCUAACGCCAGCGGUUUUACACUCGGGUCGAAUCAACCCCAAGGCCAGUUCAACUUCGCCAACGGCAACGACACUAUGGAUAUGUAA